CACAAAGAGUUCACAGUAGUGAACAAUGGAAAAAAGAAACAGCAAGACAAAAACAGCCCCUAAUCUAUUCUAAUAGAAGAAAUAAAAUCCGUAAGGGUAGAACAAUCCGAGAAACGCCAACAACGAGACCAAUCAAAGAGGGUCCUCUGGCAAAACUCUAAUAACUGAACCAUAGUUUUCUCCAUAUCCUCAAAGGCCCGCCGAUUCCGUUCAGACCAAAUAGUCCACAUUAAACAGUUUUUGAUGUGAAUAUAAUUCAGUUUCAGACCUGGAUAGAAACUUGUUUCUCCAGUUUCUCUGUAAUUCCAGCUUUAAUUCUUAAUUUUAAUGCAAUUCUAGUUCAAGUUCUCAAUCAAUUGAUCUUGAUUUCCAUCAUUUGGUAUCAGAGCACAGAACUGGUCCUCUUUUUUCCCUACCACUUUGAUCAUUUGAGCCCUAGAUUUCCUUGUGUUUCUUUUUUUCUCCCUUCAUUCAAGAUCCUAGAAUUUAGAUCUAGGUUCCUUGUGACAAUCAAAUCUGUGGCUGUUGCAAAUAUCACAGAUUUGAUCACUUGUGUUGUUACUUCUAUUUACAAUUUUUUUCAAAGAUUGUGAAGCUUCUAAUGGCUCAAGGAAGGAGAGGAAGGAGAGGCGGAAUAAGGGGGAAUCAAAUGAAUGUUGGGGUAGGAGUUGAAGCCAACCCUCCAAUGGGGAGGAAUGUUGGACGGAAUCAAAACAUAGAGAGAGAAGACAUGAUUGCUGAAUUAAGGAGACAAGUUGUGGCACUUACUUACGGAGGUGGUGCAGCGUAUGCAGCCUCCUCAUGAGACUACCGAUGAGUCCAAUGACUCUCAUUCUCAUUUUGAGAACCCUUUUGGAGCUCCUCCAAGGGGUAGGCCUUAUGUGGAAAGAAAUGAGCCAAGGCUUGACUACAACUUCAAGGUUGAAAUUCCAGAAUUUUAAGGGAGUCUCAAACCGGAAGACUUUGUAGAUUGGCUUAACACCGUUGAAAGGGUGUUUGAUUAUUAUGAAGUUAUAGAUGAAAAGAAAGUGAAGCUAGUCACUAUUCGCCUUAAAGGGAGAGCUUCCGCUUGGUGGGAACAAUUGCAAAUUUCUCGCCAAAGAAGUGGUAAAGUCAAGAUCAAGAGUUGGGAGAAGAUGAAGAAAAAGCUCUGUGAGCAAUUUCUUCCUUUCAACAACACCCAAUCACUCUUCAAAGACCUACACAACCUUAAGCAAGAGGGAAGUGUAGAGGAGUAUAUGGAGGCGUUUCACCAACUUGUAGUAAGGGUAGAUUUGAAUGAAAGUGAAGAACAAAUGGUUGCAAGGUACUUGAGUGGAUUGAAGCCAUCCAUCCAAGAUGUCCUUAGUCUUCAAUCAUUGUGGAACGUGUCGGAAGCCUACAACCAGGCUUUACUGGUAGAGAAGCAACAAACUAGGCCAGCUUUAAGGUCUGGACAGUGGGGUUCCAGGUCUGGGCAGGGAAUUUCUAGCCAAUAUAAGGUUGGGAAUUCAAGUACAAAUGGGAGAGGAGAAACUUCUGGGAUUGAACAGAAACCAGCAGGUUCUAAAUCUGCUAUUACAGCCCCAAAACAGUCCCAAACAGCCACUGUUGGCGGGGGUAGACAGCAACAGGUGGGUACUUUCAAAUGUUUCAAGUGUGGAGAGCCAGGGCAUCGAUCUUCGGAUUGUAGGAAGAAGGCUCUUAUGUUGGAGGAAGUAAAAGAGCUUGAACAUGAAGAUGGAGAACCCAUCUUUGAUCAACCUUCAAAUGAGGUUGGUGGUGAUUUUGAAGAAGAAGAGGGCUUGACACUUAUGAUGAGAAAGACUCUUCUUGCUCCUAAAUUCAAUUCCGAAGAAGAUUGGUUGAGAACCAAUAUUUUUUAUACAACUUGCAGCAUUGGAGGAAGAGUUUGUAAUAUGAUCAUUGAUGGGGGAAGUUGUGAAAAUGUGGUCUCUCAGGAGGUGGUUGAUAAGUUGAGGCUUGCCACUCAAGAUCACUCACAUCCCUACAAACUUUCUUGGUUCAAGAAGGGUAAUGAGGUGAAAGUAAUGAAGCGUUGCUUGGUGCCAUUUUCUAUCUGGAAGAAAUAUUUUGAUGAAGUUUGGUGUGAUGUAGUACCAAUGGAUGCAUGCCAUAUCCUUCUUGGAAGACCUUGGCAAUAUGAUCGCCAAAUGAUGCAUGAUGGGAAGAAGAACACCUAUACCUUAAGCAAAGACAAUCAGCAAUUUACUUUGCUGCCAAUGAAGCAAAAUGUGACUUCUAAAUCCUCUACAACCUCUUUACUCGCUUCUAAAAGCUUUAUUCAAGAAAGUCAAGAUAGUGGCUACAUUUUCGCAUUAAUUCCAGUCAACACAGUGGCUGGAACUGAUGUUCCUAGUGCUGUCACUGAGUUAUUACAGCAAUAUGGUGAUGUUUUUCCCCAUGAGUUACCUCCUAACUUGUCUCCUAUGCGAAACAUUCAACAUGCCAUUGAUUUGGUAACGGGUGCACCCCUUCCAAACAAGGCAGCAUAUCGUAUGGCUCCAAAGGAGAAGGAAGAAUUGCAAAAACAGGUUCAAGAGCUUCUUCAUAGAGGCUACAUUCGGGCUAGUAUUAGCCCUUGUGCGGUACCCGCUCUCUUGACUCCUAAGAAUGGCACACAUCAUGGAUUAUUUGAAUGGCAUGUUAUGCCAUUUGGUUUGACAAAUGCACCUAACACUUUCAUGAGGGUGAUGACACAAAUGUUGCAACCACUAUUGGGGGUUUGUGUUGUGGUAUAUUUUGAUGAUAUUUUGGUGUAUAGCCGCUGUUGGAGGAUCACUUGGUGCAUUUACAGCUUGUGCUUGACAUUUUGAGGAGAGAAAAGUUUUAUGGUAACAUGAAAAAGUGUAGCUUUGGGAUGGAUCAAGUGGUGUUCUUCGGGUAUGUUGUGUCUUCCAAAGGAGUGUUCAUGGAUGAAAACAAGGUUAAGGCAAUUGUUGAUUGGCCUACACCUUCUAGUGUGCAUGAGGUGAGGAGUUUCCAUGGUCUUGCUACCUUUUAUAGAAGGUUUAUUAGCAAUUUUAGCACCAUUGCAGCACCUCUCACCAAUUGUCUCAAACAAAAGUCCUUUGUUUGGACUGAUGAAGCCCAAGAAAGCUUCCAACUUUUGAAGAGGAAGUUAACUGAAGCUCCUAUCCUUGCCUUGCCCAAUUUUGACCAGAUAUUUGAGCUUAAUUGUGAUGCAUCAUGAGUGGGAAUUGGGGGUGUCCUUAGCCAAGAAGGGCAGCCCAUAGCAUUCUUUAGUGAGAAGUUGAAUGAAGCAAAACUUAGGUAUUCUACCUAUGACAAGGAAUUCUAUGCUAUUGUUCAAGCCAUCAAGCAUUGGAGUUACUAUUUGGCCUACAAGGAGUUUAUUCUACACACCGAUCAUGAGGCUUUAAAUAUCUCAAUAGCCAAUCUAAUGUGAACAAGAGACGUGCUAAGUGGGUAAGCUUUUUGCAGCAAUUCACUUUCUUAUUGAAACAUCAGUCAGGAAUUCUCAACAAAGUGGCUGAUGGAUUGAGUAGGAGGACUAAUUUCUUGGUGGAAAUGCAAGCUAAGGUUGCUGGUUUUGAAGUUUUCAAGGAGAAUUACCAAGAUGACCCACAUUUUGGUGAUUUAUACCAACAAUUGCAGCAGGGACAGCAACCUACCAAGUCUGACUUUUGGUUGAAGGAUGGAUUUCUUUUCAAAGGACUGAAAUUAUGUGUGCCUAAAUGUUCUCUAAGGGAGUUGAUGAUUGUAGAACAACAUAAUUUGGGGCAUUUUGGCAAAUCAAAGACCCUAGAAUUCCUUAAACAAGACUACUUUUGGCCGGGAAUGACUAAAAGAUGUUGAGCGGCAUGUUCAAAGGUGCCAAGUUUGUCAAAAAGGAAAGGGUACAACCACUAAUGCAGGUCUGUAUUUACCCCUUCCAGUGCCUAAUAAACCAUGGGAAUAUAUUAGUAUGGAUUUUGUUCAUGGCUCCUAUUCCAAGUUGGGAGCAAGGAAAGUAGGUCCAUGCAAAGUAUUGACUAAAAUCAAUGACAAUGCCUACACAGUCCAACUACCCCCUCACUUAAACAUCUCUAAUGCCUUCAAUGUGAAGCAUUUGAAGCCUUAUUUUCCAACUGAAACUUGAGGGCAAGUUUCCUUUAUGGAGGAGAGUAUGAUGCAGCCACCCUCUAUCCUUAGGACUGACAACCAGCCAGCCAACCUUUCUGGCCUCUUAGGACUGCCAGCAGCCCCUUAUUUUGACUUCUCAUAUCUGCCAUGUACCCCUCCUCUACCAUUAGGACUGACAACCAGCCAGCCAACCUUUCUGACCUCUUAGGACUGCCAGCAGCCCCUUAUUUUGACUUCUCAUAUCUGCUAUGUAUCCUCAUUAAUUACAGCUUUGACUUAUGUAACUAUUAGCUACUUUAUUUCCUAAUAGUUAAAGAUUAUAAAUAGGCUAGCUAUGUAAGAGUAAAAUUAGUUUUUGAUGUGAAUAUAAUUCAGUUUCAGACCUGGACAGAAACUUGUUUCUCCAGUUUCUCUGUAAUUCAAGCUUUAACUCUUAAUUUUAAUGCAAUUCUAGUUCAAGUUCUCAAUCAAUUGAUCUUGAUUUCCAUCAGUUGGAACCCAUGUAUGAAAUAACAUAAAUGAGCUAGUGAUAUGAUAAAGCUUCAAAUCCCCUAGGAAGCAAAUUAUCUGCAUGGAUGUCAUCUAACUCACAUAAUAAUCAAGGUGUAAACACACUUAAAGGGAGUGCAUUAUUUCUAACACCAACGAAUUGGGCUCAGCUCCCAAACUAUAUGUGAACUGCCUCAAAUGACUCAGCAUCAGCUCAUCCACCUUCCUCAACUCCUCUCAACACACACACAGACAAACUGUUAUAUAUCUAUCUAAGAUGACCUGCAAAUAUACUAGUCAAUUUUUUUAGCACCUUCUUCCUUAUAGACUAAAGCUAAACCUUAAACAGAAUUUUUUUUUUUUUUUUUUUUUGGGAAUCGAUUGCUUCUUUUCUUGUUUUCUAUUGAAGAACUAUUAGGCACAAGACGUUAGUAUUUGAAAUUAUGCAAUGAAUUAGCACACACCCAAAAGACUUUGAACGUACAAUAUGACUAGUUGCAGUCCCAUCAAUAUUAUCAGCAAAGUCACAUAAUGUAUGCGCACCACCUCAGACAAUCAGAAUCAGGAAUCACUAUGUUAUUAAAUGCUUUACAAUCUAAGGCUAAAGAAAAUUUAAACUUUCAAGUUGUUGAUGAGAUGAAUUAUGUAGAAAAGCCAAAAAGAAGUUCCAAACAUAGAUUUAUAAAAAUGUGCUUACAGAGAAAUUUAGAAAACAAACAAUUUUAUAAAUCAGAGGAAAGAAUAGGAAUUAAAACAACAUAGCACAUUGGAAUGCGUCCAGAAAUAAAGUGAUCCAACUGGCAUUUAGUGAAUUGAGCCUAGAAACUAUCUUUUAGGGUUGGGAAACUUAAAUAGUUAAUUUUGAUACUGUUUUUUUCCUGGGGCUACAUGGAAGGGCUUCUUAAUUGUACCAUGUGAUACGUAAAGUCCAUUAUCAGAGAAGAUGUCACAAUUGGAAUGCCAUUGGGUCGAGCAAUGGAUCAAAUGAUCAGAGCGGUUUGUGAUAUGUGUUAUGCUAUCUUAUUGUACCAUCUUCUUCAGUUUUUCCUUUUAUUCAAUAUACAUAUUGGACCAUCUUGUUUUAGUAACAUGAAAUCACGCGUGGGUCUAACAAAUUUUUUUUUAGAAACUGACACAGCAUCAGCUUCGCCCUUGAACACGUUAUGUCCCAAAUAAGCUCUAGAAUUUUCAAAAUUCCUCAACUUCCGCUGGUUGCCAGUAUUGAAAAGUUUCUUCCCAUCAAGUCCACCGCCAUCCAUUUGGCCACCAGCAGCAGCUCCACCGGAAAUCCUCCCUUCCACCCCAACAGUGUUAGAACCUGCUAGGAAACUAUCUGAUGCUCUUGAAAACAAGUUCCACCCAGCCCGGUUAGAACUCGCAGGUACCAUAACACAACCACGUCGAGCUCCACCAAAAAACACAGCUAUAUCCACAAAAAUACCAGCCUUAUUCAACCUUCACCGGAACUCGAAAAACUUAUUGUUCUCUCUAAAAUGUUUGUACAACAAAUCCUUUCCUGGUACCCAAUCACGAAUAUCAACAAAGCAAGAGAGGACCCAUUUCAUUCCCUUGCGACUCAGCCUAACAGAACUUUUAAAAUUCCAACGACUUUCAUGUAUAGCAUAAGAAUCAGCCCUCCCGCCAUCAAAAGAGAAUGAAAAAGAUUUAGAAUCAAUACGAAAGGAACCUAUACUACCCCCUCUGACCUGAGGAGAAAGUUUAGGAACAGAGAUAGGGAGAGGCACAUUGUUUGGAAGAGGUGUGAGUGAAAUGUUAUUGGUAUUGGUUGGUCUAGGCAGAGGAGGUGGAUGCAAUGGCAAGACAGAGGAAGGUGGGGUAGACAGUGCAGAAUUUAAAGGUGGACAAAAAGGGUGGUAUGGCAAAAAGCUAAAAGGUGGUGGGAAUGGUAAUGGAAAGAAACCUGGGAAUUGAGGGGGUGACAGGUUGAGAGGCUGUGGUACAGGGGGAAGUAGAGGAGGGAUAGGUGCAGGCUGAGUGGUAGGGAUGGAAAAGGGGGGGGG